CUCAGCUCAAUCCCCACUUUGCUCAUUCAUGUCUGAACCGCCUUGACAUCACUCUCUCUCUCUCUCUCUCACACACACACACACACACAGACACGCACUAAAGUGUACAUACCUACGCUCAACUUGUGUGUAUAUAUACAUAAAUUAUAUAUAUAUAUAUAUCAGCAGAGUUAAGUACCAAAUAAUUGAGAAAGAAACAUAGGAGGAGAAGAAGAAAAAUCAAGAAGCAUGUCUUCCCCAAGCAAACGGAGGGAAAUGGAUUUGAUGAAACUGAUGAUGAGUGAUUAUAAGGUGGAGAUGAUCAAUGACGGAAUGCAAGAGUUCUAUGUGGAGUUCCAUGGACCCAAAGACAGUCCUUAUCAAGGAGGUGUUUGGAGGGUAAGGGUGGAGCUGCCAGAUGCUUACCCGUAUAAGUCUCCUUCCAUUGGUUUUGUCAACAAGAUUUACCAUCCAAAUGUUGAUGAGAUGUCUGGCUCUGUUUGUUUAGACGUUAUCAAUCAAACCUGGAGUCCCAUGUUUGACCUUGUAAACGUGUUUGAAGUGUUUCUUCCGCAACUGCUUUUGUACCCUAAUCCAUCAGAUCCUCUGAAUGGGGAGGCAGCAGCUAUGAUGAUGCGUGAUCGAAAUGCAUAUGAACAGAGAGUUAAAGAGUAUUGCGAGAAAUAUGCAAAGCCUGAAGAUGCUGGAGCUGCACCUGACGAGAAAUCUAGUGAUGAGGAGCUGAGUGAAGAUGAAUAUGGCUCCAGCGACGACGAGGUUGCUGGAAAAGCUGAUCCAUAAGUAGGCAAAUAUGACAUGAAAUUCUCGGCCCCGUCUGUUUGUACAUGAUGUGUUGUUGAUGUGAUCAAUAAACUAUAGAUCACAUGCAGUUAAAAGGAAGAAGUUGUGUCGAUUUUUCAGUUUAAUCUGCACUGUUAUUGUGUAUUCAUACAUUCUGUUUUCUUGAUCUUAUUAUCAAAGUUGUUCUGGGUGGGUAAAACUA